GAUCCCUUUGAGGACGAUGACGAGUUGCCUGACGGUGCCGACUCUGAUGAGCGAAGGAACGUUCGCGGCCAGAUCAUAGGAUAUGCGGCAGAGAUAUUUGCAUACCAACAUCGUACGCAUCUGUUCUCGCUCGUCAUUCUCGGUCACUAUGCCCGGUUUGUUCGUUGGGACCGCUCUGGCGCGGUGUUCUCUAAGAAGAUCAACUACGCUGAUAAACCCAAACUUCUCUCUGAUUUCAUCUGGAGGUUC